AUGGCAGGCAAAGAGAGAAAGGUUACCAAUCCACGUCUUUUGAAAUAUCAAAAAGUCAACCAGGCACGCCGUGACGCGAAGAAGGCGAAGAAGGCUGCUGCCACAAAGCCCGUGAAAAAAGCCGUGAAGGAGUUGGCACCCCUCACAAAAGAGAUGACGUUGUAUAUGCACCGAUUUAUGCACAAGGAAGGGUUCAAGCACAGAGCCCCAAAAGCCAUCAAAGUCAUUAGAUUCAUUGCCAUGAAAACCAUGAAGACACACAGAAUCAAAUUCGAUAUGGGUCUCAAUCAGUAUGUUUGGUCUAUGGGUAUUAGAAACGUCGCACACAGAAUCAGAGUCAGAAUGGCUAGAAUGCCACUCGAAGGUGAAGAAGGAAAAUUCUACACUUUAGUCUCUUAUGUCCCAGUCGCCUCUUUCAAGGGUCUCUUGACUAAAACAGUCGAAGCGGAAAACUAA